CCUUACAGGUGACUGCACUGACAAUGUGGCUCAUUUCCAUCCGGGACAUUUGAAUUGUAGGAGAGUUUCCAUGACAGCUUACAUUACGUACGUGUAAGCAAUCGAGUAACUGCGGGAGUUGCAAUUUGUUUUGGUAAAAGUGUGGUGUUUCAACUUGAGAUCAGCAAUGAAGAAUUUCAUAGUAUUUUCGCUCUCUGUUUUUCUUAUAUUAAACACUGGACAGUCCUCAUCUGAGUUCUAUUUUCCCAAAGAGAGUCUUGGCGACGUGGACUCAUGGAACGAUGGCGGCGUGGAUAAGAAGUCGGAAUCAAGUUCAUCCAGUUCGUUUAGCUCGUCAAGCUCAUCCAGUUCGUUCACCUCGUCAGGCUCAUCGAGUUCGUCGGAUUCAUUUCAUGAGAAGGUUGAAGUGUACGAAAAAAACACUGACGAAAAGGGAACGCAUGAAGUAACGAAGAUUCGCGAACGUAAGAAGCCAGCAAGAGGGAAUGAAACCUCCAGUAGUAAAGUUAUCGAAGUGUUUCGAUAUCCUAAUGGAACGAUUCGUCGAAAGGUGAAAAACAAUGGGCCCGCAAUGAAGGUAAACCACUGAAUGAUACGUUGGUUCAUUGGGAAACUUUAACCAAACUCAAUAUCUGUUUGAAAUAUUGGAUUGCUAUCUAUACAUAUACUUGUAAAUAUUAGAACAGCUUUUUGUUUCAUGGUCUCUCAUGAGGGAAGUUCUAUAUAUUCAUAUUCUUUGUUUGUGUUUUAUGUCAAUUAUGAAAACUUCGUCAAAAAAGCGGAGAUAAAAAACGGAUUCUGGAGAUGUACAUGUACCUACCUUUUUCAUGAAUGUCUAAAAAAGUUAAGAAGGGAUUCGACUUAUAAAUAAGAGGGAAUAAUUUGAAGUACAUGUAAGAUCAGAUGCCAGCUUAUUUUUCUCACAAAUGAAGGGUAUUUAACUUAUCAUGGAAAUGAAAAUUUCAAUUUUUCUGGCUAUUGUCUUUAAGACACGUAUGAAUGAGACAUACUAAUGAAGAAAUGUUCCACAGAAAUUGUAUUCUGGACCUUGAUUCAAACUCCCUCUUGGUAAACUUCCUGGUUAGUUUUCUUCUUUUAUUUACACAAUGUACCAAUGUGCCUUUAGGCUGAAUGUACCAAGAAAGAUGACUGCAGUGCUGAUAAGUUCUGUAGCAAACUCAGUUAUCAGUGUCAGCAAUGCCUUGAUGGGUUUGGUUGUUUUAAUGAUGACCAGUGCUGUGGCAAAAAAGUUUGCAAAUUUGGCCAGUGUGCAGAUGAACCAGGUAAGGAAAUGCUAAAUCAAUACAGUGCAGCUCAUACAUGUAGAAAAGGGGACCAAAAUAUGGAUGUUAACCUAGCAUAGUGUACAUUUAAAACCAGACGUACAGUAUUUUUGACAGAGGAGCAUAUGUUUCUAUCUGGUCACCACCUUUGUGUAAUUAGUGUGUAUGGCUAGCUUAUUGUUUUCUUAAGGGUGGAAAAAUAACUUUUCAUUCCAAUUAGCAUUGUAUUUGCUGUAAAAACUGGUGGUUAAGCUGCACCCAAUGCUUAGAAGUAAUUUUGUAGGUCAUUUUGAACAUUUUCUUAUAUGAAUCAGUUUGAGAAGUUGGGGCAAAUAUCAAACAGUAUAGUGGCUUUAUGUUUUUAAUUAGUCACUGAAUAUGCAAAUGGAGCUAGGUUUGAAUUAUAAUACCUUGACUUAAACAUUUCAUCAAAGGUUGUCAUAUGGGAAGAAACGAGCAAGAAAGUGUUGUUUUAAAAUACCUUGUCCACAGGCUAUUCCUUUCUUAACUUUGAAGAAAAUAAUAACAUAUGCCAAUUAAAUCUGCAUAAGAUCAUGUGUGACUUAUUCAUUUUGAGAGGAUGAAUGCAUUUAUAGCACUAUAUACCCAUGAGAGUUGUUGAUGUUGUCUUUGUUUCACCUGUCUUCUACUGCUUUCUGUGACUUCAUUGCCCACAUUGUCCACAAAUUACAAACUUUAUAAGUCUGUUCUGUGCACUUUGUUUCUUGUGGGGGCCCAUCUUGCCUGCUUGGAUAGCCAAUCAGAAUGUAGGAUUUGCUUCUUAUUGCCCAUGGGCAAUGUAAUAAGAUUAUUUAAUGACCCAUUAUUAUUGAAAUCGGACCUUCCUAAGAAAUUUUGAAACAAGGAAAAGGAUCAAACUAUAACCUACACCAGUAACCCUGUGCCUUUUAUAUGGUAAAUUAUAGCAUGUAACUCUACAUAUUGUACAGCUGUUUAUAUUUCUUCAAUUUUCAUUUUUUUGACAACCAGAGCAUACAGGGCUGGCCAACUCUCCAUGCGAUUAUGACAGCCAGUGCAAGUCAGGCCUUUUCUGCUCAGUGCGUGUGUUUGAAGGUGGAAAGUGCAAAGAUGUUAGAACAGAGGGACAGUCAUGCAGCAGAGGGAUUUUUUCAAGAAAUUCACCCAGAUGUGCUGAGGGUUUGGAGUGCAGAAGGACUGGGUAAGUUUGAUUCUGACUGUAUAGAGUCUUACCUCCUUUAGAUACAAUGUAUAUGACAAUUAAAGAUAAAUUUAUUUCUAGAUUAAGUAACAUAAACUAGAUGUUAUGAUUGCCAAACAUUAUCCUAUUCCUAGUCAUGUGGCCGACUACUUGCAAUCAUACUUCAACAAAUAUAUUUUCACUCUUUGGUUGUUUGUGUAAAGGUGCCAUGCAUGGUUAUCAAAUGGUUUUUUUCUUAACUGCACUGUGAUACAAAGUAGGUGGCGCAGUGGCAUGCCUCCAUGCUGAAAAUUGAGCCACAAGCUUUUAGAGUAGCGGGCACUUUUACCAGAACAAUAUGGGGAAAUGUGCUUAUUUUCUGCCUCUUUUCAACAACCCUUCAUGUGACCCAUUAUGCUUCAGCUAGAACUAGGAAUCAUCCAGUGAUACACCUCAAGCAUUAUUCCCCAACUUUAAAAUCUGGCAUCCAAUAUGUAAAAGUAGUGUUUUGCAACUACCUCAGAACAGUAGAGGAAUUGUUUAUUGUUAGAGAAACAAAUGCAAAUGUUUUCAUUCCUAAAGUGGUUUGAGAAAAUGCUGAAAAUCAAUAUCCCAUCUGACAUAGUUAAAGUUUUAAAUGUUAAGCUAUUUUGAAUUUUGUGUCCCUGGCACACACACUUAGAAAGUGACUUCCUUGAGCUUUGCUCUGGGAAAACUGUUUGCCUCUCAGAACAGACUAUGUCUGUGAACAGGUAUCUGAACAAAUUUGCAUGCUAAGUUAAGGUUACUGUUCACCUACAUGUAUAUUACUUAGAGUUCAGUAGAUACAUGUAUUUUUGUUAAUGUUAUUUGCACGGAUUUUUUUAGCCUAAAAAUCAUCUUUGUUGACUACCAUUUAUUCUCCAAAUGUUUGUUGGAGAAUAUCUUUGUUCUGUUUGAGGACACAUUACUCCUCUAGUGAUUUCAUGAAGAUCACAACAUUGAGUGUGAAAAUUAAACAAGUCAUGCAUUUGUCUGAUAUUGAUGUGGUAUUUGUGAGGAAGUUUAAAGUUGAAUGGCUCACUCCAGGCAAUUUUGUAGCUUUUGCAAAGAAACAUCUGCACCACGUGCAAUGUAAUUGCUCCAUCAUACAUCCUUGUUGUAAAUGUAGAGACACUGGAUAUAUAUUUUUUUUUCGAUUCUCACUAAAGUGUUGUCGUCGUUUUAUCUGCAGUGGCUUCCCCUUUUCCUCCUACAAGUGCCUGAAAGAAGGAAGUGUGGAAGAUAAAUCAACCAAAUCAUCUUUUGAUUGGUUUCACGAUAAUGACUUCUUUCCCUUUAAAAAGUAGAGCUGGUCGCCAAAUAAUCCUCAGAAAUUGAGAAAUUUGAGAAAAGAGUGAAAUCUGAGCCAUGGCAAUUUGAUUUUCUUUGAUAAAUUAUCAGGGCUAUACCGUUUUUAGUAGAAUAGUGUGUAGCUGUAAUUUGGUAUCCAGAACUAGGGGUUAAACUGUUGUUACGAGCUACGUUACUUAUAUCUGUAGUACCCCAAGGUGCGGUUACUAAACAGAAAUGGCUCUGCAUAGAUAGGUGGCUUCACAUAUUUCACAAUGUUAGCUUCAGGCUUAGAAAUUUUAUUUAUUGUGACCUAGUGGAAGUUUAUAAACA